AUGGGCAAUAGUUUCCCAGAUCGAACAACCCCAUACUCGGAUCCCAUCGGAUCCAAUACAGAAUUUUAUCAGAUCCUACAGGAAUUCGACGGAUCCGAUGAAAUCCUGGUGACGGAAUCGCAUUGGAUUCCGACGGUCUCGGAUCCCUCGUCGGAUCCGAAACAUGGAUUUCCUGGAUUUUCUAAGGUCGGAUCCGGUAAGAUCCGAUCGGAUCCAGCAUCGGAUUUGUUGACCUGA